AUGAAUUCUUUAGCGAAAUCUAAGCAUAAAACACAUUUAUCCCACCUUGAUUUAUGCACAAAACUCAUUAAUCUGAACAAUAAUCUAAAGAUGCUCAUGAUGCCUUUAUUGUUAUUGAAAAUUGGGAAAUGUGCUGAAAGAUUACAUUACGUGAAUAGUUUAGCGAUCCAUGUAUUUAAGAUCAUGAGAAAUCAACCUUAA